ACGGACAUUUAUUUACACGCGUCUCCUUCUGUAUCCCCCGCUCGGUCGACUCACACGUCGCGUUACCACGUAGCGUCCCACAUCAUCGUCCCCGCUAAUUAAAAACCCUCUUCUCCCUCCUUUUGUUUUCCCCAGCUCUCACGAACUCGUUCACUUUUUUUGAGUUUAUGAUGAUGAAUGCGGAGAGCCUGGUGGCGUCGGCGGGGAUCAACCUGGGGCUGGCGGUGGUGGUGCUGACGCUCUUCUCCGUGCUGAAGAGGCAGCCGGGCAACGCCCCCGUCUACUUCGCCCGACGCAUCGCCGCCGGCGAGCCCCUCCCCCUCGACCGCCUCCGCCCCUCUUUCGCCUGGAUCCUCGCCGCCUUCCGCCUCUCCGACGACGACGUCCUCCGCCACCGCGGCCUCGACGCCCUCGUCCUCCUCCGCCUCUUCAAGUUUGGGAUCAAAUUUUUUACAGUUUGCUCUAUUGUUGGAGUUUUAGUUCUUGUACCAGUCAACUACACUUGUCGACAAGGUCUGACUCGUACAAAAGUCUCGUAUUCCACGGACUCCUUCACAAUAUCUAAUGUUGGAAGGGGCUCGAACAGGCUUUGGGUUCAUUUCACAUGCCUGUGCUUUAUAUUAUUUUACGUAUCUUAUUUGCUUCAUAAGGAAUACAAACAGAUAUUAGAUCUGAGGAUUCGCCAUAUUAGUUAUCACAGGCACCGUCCUGACCAAUUCACUGUACUGGUUCGUGGUAUUCCUUUGUGCACAGAACAUGAGGCCCGUGGUUGUAAUGUCGAUCACUUUUUCUCGAAGCACUAUCCUUUAACUUACCAAUCAUAUCAGAUUAUACACAGCGAAAAAAACGUUGAAGAAUUAUUGAGUGUGGCAUCUUCGAUGGAAAGAAAAGUGAAGAAAUUGCAAAAACAAGCAGUACGGAAAUGCAAUUUUUGGCAUUGGAUCUCUAGUAAAUUUCAACCAAAUGCCGCAGAUGUUGCAGUGCAUGAAGAAACCCUGAAGGGGGUAUACCGAAGAAUACGUCUGCUUCAGUGUGAAAAUGUACUGAAACAAAAGGAGUUACCAGUUGCUUUUGUCUCAUUUAAAUCUCGGAUCGGUGCUGCUCUUGCUGCUGAGACACAACAGCAUGUAAAUCCACUAUUAUGGAUCACAGAGUUAGCUCCGGAACCAAAAGACGUGCUAUGGAACAAUCUGGUCAUCCCUUAUCGUCGCUUGGCUAUUCACAGGAUCGCUGUGUUUAUCGCGGCAUUUCUUCUCACAGUUUUCUUUGCUUUCCCUGUCACGGCUGUUCAAGGAAUUGUACAGUUUGAGAAAUUAAAGAAGUGGUUCCCACCAGUGAAAGCAGUACAAUUGAUACCUGGGCUUAGUUCAGUCCUGGCCGGAUACUUGCCAAGCGCGAUUCUCAAUGGUUUUAUUUAUCUAAUUCCUUUUGCGAUGCUUGCAAUGGCCUCACUAGAAGGCUGCGUCUCCAGGAGCAGAAAGGAGAUGAAGGCUUGUAGCAUGGUUUUUUAUUUCUUGAUAGGGAAUGUAUUCUUCUUGAGCUUAUUAUCAGGUUCGCUGCUUGAUCAACUUGGAGAGUCCUUUGCUCAUCCAAAAGAUUUUCCUAGUCAUCUUGCAAGUGCUGUUUCUGCUCAAGUAAAUUUCUUCGUUACGUACAUUUUAACCGACGGUAUGUCAGGAUUUUCCUUAGAAAUUCUGCAGCUUGGUUUACUCAGUUGGCAUUUUAUAAAGGCCCAUUCUUUUGGACAAGAAACAAAGAAACUUCCUUAUCUUUAUGGUUUUCCAUAUUAUAGAGUUGUACCGAUAGUUUCACUCGCAAUAUUGAUCGGGAUGGUCUAUUCUGUCAUCGCACCAUUGUUGCUUCCAUUUCUUAUAAUAUACUUUUUACUUGGAUAUGCGGUGUACGUCAAUCAGAUGCAAUAUGUAUAUGAAAUUGGUUAUGAUACAUGUGGGCAGUAUUGGCCGUACAUUCAUCAUUAUAUCUUCAUUAGUGUUGUUCUCAUGCAAAUCACAAUGGUUGGUCUCUUCGGAUUAAAGUCAAAACCGGGAGCUUCAAUUUGUACACUACCACUACUUGUUUUGAAUAUCUUGUUUAAUGAGUAUUGCAAGAUCCGGUUUCUUCCAACCUUCCGUCAUUGCACAAUCCAGAUUGCGAAGGAGAACGAUGAUCGGGAUGAAAAGGAGCACAUUGAAGGCAUUCAAGAGUCCACAUUAAACUCUUACCAGCCCCCAUGGAUGCGCCCAGUUGGUUUCGAUCAAGAAUCUAAUAGUCUCAUACAGCCUCUGGUUUCUUCUUAACCCUAUUAGUUUUGUGUGUCUGCAAUCCUCCUUCCUAAUGUUGAAUCUUCUGCUGUGACUACUGUGUCUCAUUUAUGUGAUAUCGUAAUGUACCUGUUUAACUUGUUAGUUGUUCACAUGCAUAACUAUAUGAAUGGAAAUCUAUUCUCUGCACCAUGUGCAUUCGUAUA